UAGGACUACCUUCCACACGAUUCAAACAACCUCCCGCCCACCCGAUGUAUACACACUUGCCUCAGUGAAACUGACGUAAACAACAACCGACAUGUCGAUGAGACCGGGGGAGUCUCGCGAGGAGCUGAUUGGCAGCAGAGACUCGGUUAACCAGAGUCAGACCUCCCUGCAUGCCACAGCCGACUACAACCUUUCACCCCUCGAGAAGCGGUUUCUCUUAUUAGUUGAGAGAGGAGACGUCGCUUCAGUCAAAAGACUGCUCGAUGAGCACAAGGGACAUCCCGAGACGCUGAACGUCAACUGUGUCGACCCUCUCAACAGAUCCGCGCUCAUCGCCGCCAUCGAGAAUGAGAACAUCGAUCUCAUCCGACUUCUGCUUGAGUACGAAAUCAAAGUCAAGGACUCUCUGCUCCAUGCCAUCAAGGAAGAAUACGUGGAAGCUGUGGAGAUUCUCUUGGAGUGGGAAGAGCGUAUCCAUGUCUCAGGCCAACCUUAUAGUUGGGAAGCUGUGGACCGUUCCGUCUCAAACUUCACCCCCGACAUUACACCUCUGAUACUCGCCGCCCACAUGAACAACUACGAGAUACUGAAGAUUCUGCUCGACAGAGGGGCCUCACUGCCCAUGCCACACGACGUCAGGUGUGGGUGUGACGAGUGUGUGGUGUCUAGCGAACAGGACUCUCUACGCCACUCUCAGUCGCGUAUCAACGCGUACCGAGCCCUCACCUCACCCUCUCUCAUCGCCCUCUCCUCCAGAGACCCUCUCCUCACCGCCUUCGAGUUGUCCUGGGAAUUGCGGAGGCUCAGUAAAAUGGAGACCGAGUUUCGUGCAGAGUACAACGAGAUGAGAGCCCAGACACAAGACUUCGCCACGUCUCUACUCGACCACGCGCGGACCAGCAACGAACUGGAGAUCAUGCUCAAUUACGACCCCGAUUCCAAUGAACCCUGGGAGCCCGGCGAGCGACAGACCCUGGAUCGCCUCAAGCUUGCUAUCAAGUAUAAGCAGAAGAAGUUUGUAGCACAUCCCAACGUACAGCAGCUUUUGGCCGCAAUCUGGUACGAGGGCCUCCCGGGGUUCCGGCGGAAGACUAUGGUCGGACAAAUGGUGCAAGUGGGCCAGUUGGGUGCCAUGUUCCCCGUAUACAGCUCCAUCUACAUGAUGGCGCCCAAAUCCAAGAUGGGAUUGUUCAUGAAGAAACCCUUCGUCAAGUUCAUCUGCCACUCCGCGUCCUACGCUUGCUUUCUCUCCCUACUCGGUGGUGCCUCCCAACGGAUUGAAUUCUUAGCGAUAGAAUACCUUGGGACGGACUGGAUGAAAGAAAUCCUAGCCGAGUGGAAGAGGAAAGAACGAGGAGCUUUGCCCGGUCUGGUCGAGUCCUCUGUAAUCCUCUUCGUUAUCAGUAUUAUUUGGAAUGAAGCUCGAUCACUUUGGUCUGACGGUCUUCUUGAGUACGUUAGUGACCUCUGGAACAUUGUAGAUUUCAUACAAAACUUUUUCUAUGUCAUGUGGAUAGUCCUAAGGUUUACGGCUUGGUUCAUUGUACAGAGAGAGCACAGCAUGGGAAUCAACCCCUGGUACCCGCGAGAACACUGGGACCAGUUUGACCCCAUGCUGCUAUCCGAGGGUGCUUUCGCAGCUGGUAUGAUAUUUAGCUUUCUAAAACUGGUGCACAUCUUCAGCGUGAAUCCUCACCUCGGACCCCUCCAGAUAUCCUUGGGCCGCAUGAUUAUCGACAUCAUCAAGUUCUUCUUCAUCUACACUCUCGUCUUGUUCGCAUUUGGCUGUGGUCUGAACCAACUUCUGUGGUACUACUCUGACUUGGAGAAAGCGAAAUGUUAUCACCAGCACGAAUCAUAUCCGGACUUCGAUCACCAAGAGAGGGCCUGUACCAUCUGGCGACGAUUUACGAACUUGUUCGAGACAUCGCAGUCACUCUUUUGGGCCAGUUUCGGUUUGGUGGAUCUCAUGACCUUCGACCUCACUGGAAUCAAGGGCUUCACUCGGUUCUGGGCUCUACUCAUGUUUGGUUCCUACAGUGUCAUCAACAUCAUCGUAUUGCUGAACAUGCUCAUCGCCAUGAUGUCCAACUCCUACCAGAUAAUCUCCGAACGAUCAGACACCGAAUGGAAGUUUGCUCGCAGUGGAUUGUGGAUCAGUUAUUUCGAUGACGGCAACACUAUUCCACCCCCAUUCAACAUUUUCCCCACCAUGAAAAACGUAAACAACUGGCUCUCCUGUUCUAACUCUAGAAAGACCACAGGUUCAAUGAUGAAAAAGUCACGAGAGAAGGCGAGGGAACGCCAUGACACAGUGAUGCGGCUGCUAGUGAGACGUUUUGUGACGGCUGAACAGUGUAAGAGGGACGACUUUGGCAUCACAGAGGAUGACGUCAUUGAGAUCCGCCAGGACAUUUCUACGCUGCGUUAUGAGCUGAUAGAUAUUCUCAAGAACAAUGGCAUGAAGACUCCUAACUUCAAUCAGGACCGUGAAGGGCUGGCUGGAAAAAAGGGAAGAGUGAUGGAACGUCGUCUCAUGAAGGAUUUCCAGAUAGGGUUAGUAGAAGGCAUCAUCAACGAAGCCAUUCAAUCCGAGAAGGGACCGAAGGAUGUGUUCAGCAAGAUCGCACAAGCCAUCGGACGACGCGCUGGCUCCAACAAGAGCAAGAAAGAUUGGAACGCAAUGGUGCGCCAGAGUACAAUGUCCAGAGAUCCGAUCGGCAGUACGGCUGAUGCGGCAGCUCGUCAGUCGAGGCAGAGUCUGCGUCGUCACAUCAUCGAGAACCAGGGCACCAUGGACCCCGACAGGCUGGUUCAGUACAAUCCCAAGUUGUCUGCUGUCACUCCUGCCACGAGGGUCGCUUACGCUAAGUUCAAGAUAUCAAAGAUCAAACAAGAGUUCGAUGAGAGAGAAGCUAAUGGUUCGAGCGAGAAAGGUUCGAUAAAGGGAGACGAUGAAGUAUUCCAAGAUGGCCCGGCAACUGUUAAAGAGGUUUCAGAAACCAAACAAGACUCAAUCGUAAGACCGCGCCCACGACCUUCUUUACCGAGUCUGGCAUCGUUGAAAUCAUCUGGAAGUGCUAGUAAUGAGGCUUCCACGCCUGCCCCCGCGUCUGUUCCUAAGACACAACCAACUACCUCUGUUACACCAGCGACAGAAGCUCCCGUAAAGAAAGAGUUCAGACCAAAAACUCCUAUUCCUGAGGACCCACGCGAGGAUAUGACCUCUCCAGAGCCGAGUACUCCCAAGAGUACAGCCUCGACACAACCCGAGUCAAAACCAAGCACUCCCCGACCACCCAGUCGAGCUUCAACUGAUUCGAAGACAAAUGAUAAAAAAGAAGACAACAAGGGUGUAAAUAAAGAAGAGAAAAAGGAAGUUAAGAAAACUGAUACUCUAAAACCGUCAACUUCGAGAUCAUCUCCUCCAAGACGGUCACCAGGACCACCCAAGCAAGGAGGAAAGUCCAAAGUAACAGGAGAGGUUCUCCAAGGAUGGCUGUAGUUUUUAAUUUAGAGCAAACGCUUAGGAAAUGGCAGAAGUGAUUUUUAAGUAUAUAAUAAUUUGUAAAAUAUUGAUUUCAAAACAAAUUAUAAUGAUUCGAUCUCUUCUCAGUUUUAGCAUUUAAUUUUAAGCUCGUUUUAGCAACAGUAUGUAUUCACGCUCAAUGUAUUCUUUGUAUUAAUUUUAAUUAGUCAUAUACACAUUAUGAAAGGGCAAUAAUUUGGUCAAAGACGUUAAGUAUUAUUAGCGUACGUCUGCUGUACCUUGAAAUUAUAAAAUAACAGAAUAUUUUCUAAUAAUACAUAACAGUUUUAUUGCCCCACAAAAUACAUUAUAUAUUUCCCUUAAACAAAUACUUUAGGUUUUACCAAAGGAUAAUCACUUCUGAUAAUAAUAAUAUUUAGGUAAACUUUGUAUAAUUUUUACUCUCUUAUCCCAAGUUGCUUGGAUUCCUACAUGUAAUUAGCUCUGUAUUUUUCACACAAAUCUGUGUUUACAAAUAAAUAUUUCUGCUUGACUAAGA